AUUUACCGCUUGCUAUAUAUUCAUUGUUUUCUUUUCUUUUUCUUUUUCUUUUUUUACCAUAUUAUGUCUGUCAAUUCAAAAGAUUAUACAUAUUAUAAAUACAUUGACCAAGAAAGUAUUAAUCAUCCGAGUAUAGAUGGAGAUUCAACUUUUUCUAUAUCUUCUCUUGAAUCAAUUGACCCUUCAAAUCAAUCAAGGUCAGAUAUUAUUUACAGAUCAUACGAUUUAGCAUGCGAUUCAACACUUAAAUCAUCAGUUUCAGAACCCAUCCAUUGUAAUGUUACGUUAACAGAAGAAGAGUUAGCAAGACAUAAUGAUGAGUUAUCACCCUUUUCUUCAUAUCAGUUUAACCGAGAAGAAGAAGAAGAAGAAAUAGACGAUAAUAAUGUAUUAAAAGAACAACUACAAACUAAUUAUGAUAGCAUUAUUGAUAAUCGAAAAUUAGUCGAGAGACUUAAACGUUUUGAAAAAGAGUUUAUAACAACAGAGUACGACAACUCUAAUCCAACACAUCUUAAUUCUAAAGAACUAACAAACUUGCAAAGCAACAAAUAUAUAAAUCCAAAUGUUCAAAAGAUACGAGAUAAAAUUGAGACUACUUUAGUUGAAUUAUCUAUUGAUCCUUCUCCUAAAGUUAAAGAAAGGCUUAAAGAAUGUAUUGCUAAAGCAAAAAAGAAGAAUCCAAAUUGGGAAUUACCAUUAUUACAUUUAGAUUUAAUUUGUAACAAUCAGCAGCUGCCUACUUCUUUAGAAGAUAUCGAACAUAAUCAUCAAGACAUUUGUGAUUAUCACCGUGAAAAAUUGAAAGUAAAAUUAUUUAAAGAAGAAAAAACGACGAAAAUCUUAUAAGACAGCGAAUAAAAUACUACAGCAGCAUAUAAACUUUUUUUUUUCUUUUUUUUUUU